GGCCGAGGGGGCGGGGCCCGGGUGAGGUUAAAGAAAGCCGUGUUGGCGAAGGGGCGUCGGGUUCGAGUUCCGCCGGCCCGGGCGGCUUCCGGCCCUCGCUUCGUCCCAGGUGUCGGUGGGGAGGGCCACGGAGUCCCGGUGAGAGUGGGGCGGCCGCGGAGACGACGACUGUGGCGUGUGCGGCGCCUGGCCAGAAAGACAAAAUGGAAGGCCUGCCUGAUGUUACUUCUUUUGCGACUAAACUUAAAAACACUCUCAUACAGUACCAUAACAUUGAAGAUGAUAAGUGGCAAGUUGCUAAGAAAACAAAAGAUGUAACAGUUUGGAGAAAACCCUCAGAAGAAUUUAACGGGUAUCUCUACAAAGCUCAAGGUGUUAUAGAUGACAUUGUCAAUAGUGUAAUAGACCAUAUACGCCCAGGGCCUUGUCGUUUGGAUUGGGACAGCUUAAUGACUUCACUGGAUAUUUUGGAGCACUUGGAAGAGAAUUGCUGUGUGAUGCGUUACACUACCGCUGGUCAGCUUUGGAAUAUAAUUUCCCCAAGAGAGUUCAUUGAUUUUUCCUAUACUGUGGACUAUAAAGAAGGGCUUUUAUCCUGUGGGGUAAGUCUUGAUUGGAGUGAAAAGAGACCAGAAUUUGUUCGAGGAUAUAACCAUCCUUGUGGUUGGUUUUGCGUUCCCCUCAAAGACAAUCCAAACCAGAGUCUUUUGACUGGUUAUAUUCAGACAGAUCUGCGUGGGAUGAUUCCUCAGUCUGCGGUAGAUACAGCUAUGGCGAGCACUUUAGCCAACUUCUAUGGUGAUUUACGAAAAGCUUUAUAAAAGGCCUAAUAUGUUCAGACUUUUAGUACUAUGACCUCCCUGGAUCAACUCUCUCUCCUCUGCAUAGCCUGUGAAAAUCAUUGAUUCCACUUUUCUGCAUAGCCUGUAGAAAAAUUUGACAUGUUUUUGGUUUAGUAGUACAAUGUUUUAUUUUAUUACUAUAGUAAAUGCCUAUCUAAGAGGGCAUUUGAGUUUUCUUAGACAGUAAUUUGCGCAUUGUUUGGUAUGGCUAUGGCAGUGUGUCUAGGAAUGGAGAAUAUGACAGAAAUCCACAAAGAAGUAGAUACAGUUCUUUGACCCAAACUCUUAAGGAAUUAAGUAGUGCCUCAGUAUGAAUAUUUUGGCUGCUUGGAAAUUAGUAAAAUCACAAGCUUCAUGUUGUUAGAUUAAAAUCACCUAUUUUAGAACUUU